AUGAAGUUGACAGGAAUAUUUCUGCUAUUGAUGCUUUGGACCUGCGAGAGCGCACGAGUUGCAGGUGAGAUGCUUGCCUGAUACUUUAUGUUUGUCUAGAAUUAACGGAGUUUGUGGCAAUUGCAAUGCUUCAACUUGAACUUAAAACUAUUUUUUAAAACAUAUCAGAGGUCUUUAAUGUAUUAUUAUCCCCUUAAUGUAUUGACUUGUUUUGAACAUGGAUUAACAUAGACAUCACUGUAGAGUUCAUUGCUCCCACUCAUUCCCACCUCCCUCCCGCAGAGAGCCGAGACGACAAUAGCGUGUACGACCUGUUCGAGCUGGUCCAAGUCUCCAAGAAGAACCACGGAGUGACCCUAGUGAAGGGCGACGACCCAUACAGCCCCGCCUACAAGAUCCUCAACCCGGACCUGAUCCCCGAAGUCCCCGAGAGCUCCUUCAGGGACCUCAUCGAUUCCAUCCAUGCCGAGAGGGGCUUCCUCCUCCUGCUUAACUUCAAGCAGUUUAAGCGGACCAGGGGCUCCCUCCUGACCGUGGAGAAGCGGGACGGAUCCGGAGCCGUGUUCGAGAUCGUCUCGAAUGGAAAAGCGAACACCCUGGAUGUGGUUUUCUCCACCGUUAAUAAGCAACAGGUGGUCUCGAUAGAAGAUGUGGACUUGGCGACGGGCCACUGGAAGAAUAUUACGCUGUUCGUGCAGGAGGACCGAGCGCAGCUGUAUGUCGGCUGUGAGGAGGUGAAUACCGCGGAACUGGACGCUCCCAUCCAGAGCAUUCUCACUCAGGAGACUCCCGCCAUAGCGCGCCUCAGGAUCGGGAAGGGAGCGGUGAAGGACCGGUUCAUGGUAAGUGACGCACACAGAGCGCAUGAUGCAUGGCAUUACACAUGAUGGAUCCAGAUCAUAUACAUUUUCGAGUUGUUUUAGAUGUUAGAAAAUGUUGAAUUUAGGAUUGUGUAACACUUUAAAUUCGUAAAAAUGAUGUGCAUAAAACCUAUAGACCCAUGCGUGAAAGUUAUACAGCACACUGCAUUGGAAACCCUUGUAAGUGAUCCAUAAACUCCAAUAUUUGUUGCGUAAAAGUGGAGUGAUAAUGACUAUGCAGUAUUAGAGCUAAAAUUGCCAUUGAUUCUUGCAGGGGGUGCUCCAAAACGUGCGCUUUGUCUUCGGAACCAAUUUGGACGCGAUUCUGCGCAACAAGGGAUGCCAAAACUGUAAGUAGCCUAAUCAUGACAGAAAGCAUCUUUGCGUGUUUAUCCAUGCAUCACUUGUUGUUAUUCUAAAGCCACCAAGCCUUCUAUAAGACUGUGCAUGACUGUUUAAGAGCCUAGUUAACUGUCAUGGGAGAGUUGCUAACAAAGUCACGUUUAUGUUGCCAUGGGAAAGCUAAAGUUUACAAACACUUCAAUGCCUCCUCGGGGCUGGGCACAUUAACUCAUUAACUUAAUUGUGAUUCAAGAUAGCAUGAGGCUGUAAUGUUCUGUAAUACCCUGAGUGUAAUUACAUAUUCUCCACUGUAGUUAUAUCACCAAUGAGCCCUGGGUACAGUGUGUGUGUGUUGUGGUCUGCUGUGGUCUAGUGGGUAUUGCCAUUACGGUCUACAGUGCUCUAAACGGUCUCUCUGUGUGUUUUUCCCGUCCUCCCUCCCUCCCUCCCUCCCCCCCUCUCCCUCCUCCCCUCUCUCUCCUUUUCCCUCCCUCUCCCUCCCUUUCUCUCUCUCUCUCUCUCCCUCCCUCCCUCCCUCCUUCUCCCCUAAUCUCCCUCCCUCAGCUGUUCUGACUGAUAGGAUCAUCCUUAUGGACAACCCCAUCAAUGGGUCCAGCCCUGCCAUUAGGACGGACUACACUGGCCACAAAACUAAAGGUAAACACAACUGCUGCUGCUUAUUAUAUAUACCCUGUAUAAACCCUGUUAACCCCCCCCCCCCCCCCCCCCCCCGAAAAAGGUUCCAGAAGUAGAACAGAAUAGAACAGCACAGCAUAGAAGUAUUAGAAGAAAGUAAAAGCAUUCUAUUCUAUUGUCAACAGUUGUCUGUAGCUGAGUGAGUUAAAAAUUAGUCUGGAAGCCUUCAUGUACAUCGAUAGUCAAACUGUGUUUCCCAUAGAAUUCAUGUAUCUCUAUGGUUUUUUUUCCCUCCCUCCAGACCUGCAGAUGAUCUGUGGGUUCUCCUGUGAGGACCUGGCUGGCAUGUUCAAGGAACUGAAGGGGCUUGGAGUGGUGGUGAAGGAGCUGUCCAAUGAGCUGCGCAAAGUGGUGAGGAAACACACCUGCCUCCUGGAGCAGACGGCAAUAUGUCUGCCUAUGGCAUGAUACUCUGUCAGUCACUGCAUGUGGGCCUUGUUUAGCAUACUGGCCUACCAGCGCCAACUCUGGCUAGUCUGUCAAACGGCAUGUUAGUUCAUUAAUUAAAUCAAAUUAGGUAGACUUUUCUAACUAGCUCUCAUUUGGAAGACUUCUUAAUGCUAAACCAGUGUGAGGUGGUGUCAGACAUUCUCAAACACCUGAGUGUCAUUCAAACCGCUCAGGCUAUUGAGAACUGAAGAGCGAAACAGUGUGUGAAUUUGAAACCCUUGAGCGUCUGAGCAGGGUCUCAUCCAGUAUUCAUAUCGGAGUCUCCUUCCUUCCUUCCUGUCUCCUUCAGACGGAUGAGAACAAGCUGUUGAUGAACAGAGUGGGGAUCCACAGCGGAGUCUGUCUGCACAACGGCAUCGUCCACAAGAACAAGGCAGAGUGGACCGUCGACGACUGUACUGAGUGCACUUGUCAGGUAAGGGCCGAAGUCGAGAGAGGGUGUGUGGGUGGGGAGGGUAGUGGGGUAGUGUGCGUGUGUUUAUGUGUGUGUGUUUAUGUGUGUGUGUUUAUGUGCGUGUGUUUAUGUGCGUGUGUUUAUGUGCGUGUGUUUAUGUGUGUGUGUGUUUAUGUGUGUGUGUUUAUGUGUGUGUGUUUAUGUGUGUGUGUUUAUGUGUGUGUGUUUAUGUGUGUGUGUUUAUGUGUGUGUGUUUAUGUGUGUGUGCACCUACAUUUGCACUCUCAGACAGGCACUUGCAAACACACACUCAUCCCAACUCAGCAAGCGCCUGCUCGCUACUCCAGACCUGUUUGUCAUCUGGCCAGUAAUUGGGUAGGAGGAAGAGGCUGGCAUCAGGCCAACAAGCCAACAGUGGGUAUUGUAGUGAAGUGACCGUGGCCCACCACUCUAGUGAACAGACAGAGCCUGAACAGGCCCCCUAUAGGUCCUGGUCAUCUAGAGAAUAGGGUACCUCUCAGCUCUUCUCAGCAGCUCCGUGUCUCUAAUUAACAACAUAAUUGAACAGAGCUUCAGCUUCAGCUCAGACAAGUGGCUCACAGACAGGAAGACAUAGAGAGCUACUGUAUUUAAUCGAAACUGCUGCAGGCAAAUCUGCUCUGCCAGCAGUAUCACCUUUCUGCUCCUAAUCCCCUUGGCUCUUGGGCUCUCUUGAUCUGUGAAUCAACUCGCCAGGAUGUUAGUUUGCUUCAUUAGACAGAGAGAUUGAACGUUCCAUCCAUCAAGGCACACUAAUACCCAGGUUGCUUUUGGCAGAUGGAUUUUUUUUUUUGCCCAGUCCAACCCUCCACGACUGUUUGGCCACAUUCCUACUACUCUGACCCAGUGGGCAGGUGCUGGUUGGUCCACAGGGGUCUCUGCCUCCAGCCACUGAUCUCCUCAUUGUACCAACCCAAGCUAGUCCAGGUGCAGAAAAAGGGGAACUUACUGUAUGUCAUUAACUUCCUGAUUCCUUACGAUUCUUUGUCUCUGCUCCUUUGUAGAACUCUGCCACCGUGUGCCGCAAGAUCUCCUGCCCCCUGAUCCCCUGUGCCAACGCAACCGUGCCUGAUGGGGAGUGCUGCCCGCGCUGUGGAACACGUAAGUUCCAACUCUAGAAUUAGAAUGAUUCUAUGGUUCUAUUUGUGUGGUUCCAACUCUGUACAAGAAGUAACAUACCUGCACAAACAAAGGUUCACCUCACAUUCAAUGAAGUCUAUAUACAGUAUUACAAACCAGAGGUUUGUUCUAUUCUAAAGCCAUUAAUAGCCUGAGUUGUCCUGAGGCUUAAUGUCUUUCAGACAAACAGGCCAUUUAAACGGCACUCCAUUUACUGCCAUCUACUUGGAUUCUAUUUGCCAAAUAAAGUAUGAAGCCACAACUAUUUUCUGGAUGUAAAGGUUUCUAUUCAAGAAAAACAAAUUCAUUUUAAGGGUGAUUUAAGUCCCCUAGCUUGUUAACGUAUGAAAAAGACUGUUAUGUGUUGGAACAUUGGCGCUUUGUCAACCCAAAACAUCUUUAAUCUUCAGCUUGUAAUGGCUAUAAUUGAGCCAAAUUGGUUAAAGUGGGAUGGAAAAUUGCUCUGUUUACCAAAGCCAUCCUACACACAAGAACAAGUGACAUUUUCCACAUACCUAAAAGGGCUGGGCCGCAGCAGCCCCUAAAACCUUAAGAAAGGCAGAAAACCACACUCAUCAGUACCUUGGCCAAGGUCAUGACAUGAUCAAGUAACAGCAGUCAAUGGGGGAUCCCUGUGUGUUCAGUAGGCUUCCCUUUGGUCCCUGUGCGUUCAGUAGGCUUCCCUUUGGUCCCUGUGCGUUCAGUAGGCUUCCCUUUGGUCCCUGUGCGUUCAGUAGGCUUCCCUUUGGUCCCUGUGCGUUCAGUAGGCUUCCCUUUGGUCCCUGUGCGUUCAGUAGGCUUCCCUUUGGUCCUGUGCGUUCAUAGGCUUCCCUUUGGUCCCUGUGCGUUCAGUAGGCUUCCCUUUGGUCCCUGUGCGUUCAGUAGGCUUCCCUUUGGUCCCUGUGCGUUCAGUAGGCUUCCCUUUGGUCCCUGUGCGUUCAGUAGGCUUCCCUUUGGUCCCUGUGCGUUCAGUAGGCUUCUUAGAAGGACUUUGAGGUCUCUGCAGUCCAAUAGCUCUCUCAUUGCUUCCCUCAGCUUCCCUCCCCCCCCCCCUCUCGCUCGCCUCUCCUCUCCCUCCCUCCCCCCCUCCCUCCUUUCCCUUUUCUCUAGAUCCGCCUCGCCCCUCCCCCCCUCUCUCCCUCUCUCCCCUCUCUCCCCUCACUCCCCUACCCCCACUCUCUCCUCUCCUCUCUCCCUCCCUCCUCCGUCCUCUCUCUCCCCCUCCCUCUCUCCCUUCCCUUCUUCCUCCCUCCCUCCUCUCUCUCCCUCCUUCUCUCUCUCCCUCCAUAGCGAGUGACUAUGCAGAGGACGGCUGGUCCCUGUGGUCUGAAUGGACCCACUGUUCCGUGUCUUGUGGGCGGGGCAUCCAGCAGAGAGGCCGCUCCUGCGACCGUAUCAACAACAACUGCGAGGGAACCUCCGUCCAGACCAGGGACUGCUACCUUCAGGAGUGUGACAAACGCUGUGAGUUCAGUACACUAUACACAUUAAAAACUACCAACCAAAUCACAUUCAUCAAUCGUCACACAGAAACUUUUAUCACAAACCUAUAUCGAUGGUGACAGAAACGAUAGACCUAAGUAUUCAGCUGCAGAUCAGCCAGCUGUGACUCUACAGAGCAACACAUUGAACUUCUCUUACCUUGUUUUGACAAAGACCCGUAACCAAGCAUUUUCUUUGACCCCUGACCCUUAACCUCUGCUCUAUGUCCCUCCAGUCAAGCAGGACGGUGCCUGGAGCCACUGGUCCCCCUGGUCAUCCUGCUCGGUCACCUGUGGGGCAGGUGUCAUCACCCGUAUCCGCCUCUGCAACUCCCCCACACCCCAGCUGGGAGGCAAGGACUGCCAGGGAGAGGGAAGACAGACUGAGAAGUGCACCAUGUCACCCUGCCCCAGUAAGUACCAUUAGUCAAGGGUUUUUAAGCACAAGACCUGGGUCAAAUGCACGUCAUUGUUUGCAUUUGACAUUAGUCAAAGGCCUUUCAUGCACCUCACACCCUGAAAUAUUUGUAGUCAUUCAUACAUCCUCAUUUCGUGUGGUACCUUGUCAAUUAGCCUCAAUUGCAGUCUGUAUUUGUUCCUUGUUCAACAACCAGUUGGCUGAAGCAGAAACAAAGACGGCAUUGCAAGAUGAAGAGCACCACAGUCACACCUGUAUUGAAACCUCUGUCUCUCUUCCUCCCGUUCAGUCAAUGGUAACUGGGGACCCUGGUCGCUAUGGGAUACCUGCUCUGCCACCUGUGGGGGAGGAGCUCAGACACGUAAACGUCUCUGCAACGACCCCGCCCCCAACUAUGGUGGUAAGGAGUGCCAGGGUAACGCCAAGGCUACUCAGCUGUGCAACAAGAACGCCUGUCCCAUCGGUGAGUAGCAGGCACUGGUAGCAUCCAAAAUGGCACCCUAUUCCCUAUAUAGUGCACUACUUUUGACCAGGGCCCAUAGGGAUCUAGUCAAAAGAGCCCUAUGGGCAGACAAUGCCUCUUAAAACGUAAGUACUGUGAAUUAUUACAAAAAUUGUAGGUUUUAGACAGUUUUAAGGUAAAAUAACACUUUAAAACUAUUACUUUUGAUGCUUUUAAUGAUUUUAAGGCUUAUAAAACACUUAUAGCUUAAUACUAGUACUUAAACACAGUCAGUACACAGUACUUAAAGCCCAUGUCUCUCUCCUCAGAUGGCUGUCUGUCCAACCCCUGCUUCCCUGGGGCCAAGUGCACCAGCUUCCCUGAUGGAACAUGGAGGUGUGGAAAAUGCCCCACUGCAUACUCUGGUAACGGAAUCAAGUGCAAGGACAUUGACGAGUGUAAAGAGGUUCCUGAUGCUUGCUUCGUGUUCAACGGAGUGCACCGCUGUGAGAACACCGACCCUGGCUACAACUGCCUGCCCUGUCCCGCACGCUACUCUGGACCUCAGCCCUUCGGCAGGGGAGUGGAGGAGGCCGCCGCCAAGAAACAGGUUAGUGCUGGUACUGUUGACUAGUGUUGUGAUGAUUGUCCUCUUAGACUGUAGCUCUGGCCUCGGCUGAUUUAGAAUUAGACAUUUAGAAUUAGGAAGUUACAAGAUCAUAGAUCGCUUAAAAAGCUAUGCUUUUCUCUGUCCCGAUCAUACUGCCAACUGUUGCCAGGAAGGCCAGCUGAUUGUGACCUCGGUAAACAAAGGCAGGGAGGUUAUCCACAAUAUUUCCUGGCUUGUCUGAUCAAGUCUUCAUUUCCUCCCACUCCAGGUGUGUACACCACGUAACCCUUGCCUGGAUGGGAGCCACGACUGCAACAAGAACGCCCGCUGUAACUACCUGGGACACUUUGCCGACCCCAUGUACCGCUGUGAGUGUAAGCCUGGCUAUGCUGGGAACGGACACAUCUGUGGUGAGGACACAGACCUGGACGGGUGGCCCAACCAAGACCUGGUCUGCGUGGAGAACGCCACCUACCACUGCAAGAAGGUAUGUAGGUCCUGACCAGUAUAGGUCCUUGAAAAGGUCCAGCUUACUAUUUAACUAGUAAAGAACACACAUCCCUUUUGAGUGAUGUGCCGAUGCUGACUACAAUUACAAAGAAAAAAUAAUGUUCUAAAGAAACACACAAGUGAUUCAUUCAAUGUCCUACAGGACUGUUAAUCUAGCUAAAUAUAAUGUGCAUGCUUGUUGAGUACAUCGUGUGCAUUGUUCGGCCUUUAUGAUGUAAUAUUUCUUUUGUAGGACAACUGCCCCAACCUUCCCAACUCAGGCCAAGAAGACUACGACAAGGACGGUGUUGGUGACGCGUGUGACAACGAUGAUGACAAUGAUGGUAUUCCUGACGACAGGGUAAGUGAGGAAUUACUGAUUUACUGAUUUAUUUAUUGAAUCAUUGAAGAUCUGAACCCGUUACAGAGACAAAUAUAAAUCAUAUUAAUUCAGGUUAUGCUACCUCUUGGUUAGUCAGUGUGUGUUUGAAUGUGUAUGUGUUUGUGUGUAUUCAGUUUUGGCAGUGAGCCAUGGUUUCAUCAAAAUAACACAUAAAACAACUAAGCAGAAAGCGUUUAUUUGCCCUCAGAGCCAAACCUCAAAUUCCAACACAGAGGUAACACUCUGAAUGAGCCGCAGUGUCAUCUGCUAGUCCGAACCGUAUAUUUUGGACGGGCCUAAAUAUAUAACACCCUUUCAUCCCCCCUCUCUCUCUGUAGGGUACACAGUCCACGGCAAGUUAAAAGCACAGCAUCUGAAAUUAAUACAUCAUGUCAGAGAUGUUUUCCUGAGCAAGGCAGUGGACACUGGACUGAUUCUUCAAGGUUUCAGACUGAGUAACUGAACUGUGCCCCCUCUCUCUCUCUCUCUCUCUCUCUCUCUCUCUCUCUCUCCUCUCUCUCUCUCUCUCUCUCUCCUCGCUCUCUCUCUCUCUUUCUCUCUCUUCUCUCUCCUCUUCCUCUCCGUCUCUCUUCUCUCCUCUCUCUCUCUCUCUCUCCCUACCCCUCUGCCCCCUCUCUCUCUCCCCCUUCUCUCAUUCUCUUUCCCCCUCACUCUCUAUCCCUCCCCCUCUCCCCUCUUCCCCCUCCCUCUCUCCCCUCUCUACAGGAUAACUGUCCGUUCGUGUACAACCCCAGGCAAUAUGACUAUGACAGAGAUGAUAUUGGAGAUCGUUGUGAUAACUGUCCUUACAACAGCAACCCUGACCAGACCGACACAGACAGCAACGGGGAAGGAGACGCCUGCUCUGUGGACAUUGAUGGAGAUAGUGAGACCCCUAUUUAAAUCCUGUCCUGUAUAAUAUAGGUGCUAUAGAUUGGUGUUGAAUAAAGGGACCACAUGUCCAAUGAUAAUGCUUUGAAACCAAGUGAAAAGCACUACUGUAUGUAAUUUAACCUUUAUUUUUUACCAGGGUCUCUUACUAAACAUAUAGGCAUCAAAACACUAUGAAGAGCACAAGAGAGGCACAAAACAUGAUCAUCAAAAACUAACCCAUUCUUCAGUAAAAAGAUCCUCAAUCAGCCGUCUGAAUUGUUGCCCCAGAGCAAGGUUCUUCAAUUCCGGUGCUGGAGGGCCGAAACACUUCUGUUUUUUAUUUCUACCUGGUAGUUAAUUGCACUCACCUGGUGUCCCAGGUCUGAAUUAGCCCCUGAUUAGAAGGAGAGGAUGGAAAACAGAGGUGUUUCGGCCCUCCAGGACCGGAUUGAAGUACCCGGCCCCUAGAGGCACGAAUUCACCCAAAUUUAGAGAGUUUUGGAGAUCAUUCCACAAGUAAGGUGCAGAAAACUAAAAGCAGAUUUACCUAAUUCAGUGGAGACUGAAGGGAUCUCCAGAGUUUGUCAUCCCUGAGACCGGGUCUGGUAGCUCGUACGUCUGUAGGUUAAACAAGGUACGGCGGAUGUUUGUGAAGAGGGCUUUAUGAACAAAAAGAGUGAAAUGCAUCGAUCUACAAGACUUCAAAGAGGGACAGCUUACUUUCUGAUACAGAAGAAAGCAUUCCAUUAAAACAGCAGGUCGUUUUCCUCACCUUCCUCAUCAUCCCCUGAAUAACAACAACUGUGAUUGGUCCAACAGGCAUUCUGAAUGAGAAAGACAACUGCCCAUUCGUCUACAACGUGGACCAGAGAGACACUGAUCUGGACGGUGUGGGAGAUAUGUGUGACAACUGCCCUCUGGAACAUAACCCUGACCAGGUGUGUGUUCUUACACUUACAACCCAUUCUACACACACACACACACACACACACACACACAUACACACACACAUACACACACACACACAUACACACACACAUACACACCACACACACAUACACACACACGUACACACACAACACACACACACAUUCACACACACACACACACACAUACACACACACAUAUACCCACACAUACACACACCAACACACAAUAUACACACACAUACACCACACACACAUACACACACACGUACACACACACACACACAUCACACACACACACACACACCACACACAUACACACACACAUACACACACACACACAUACACAGACACAUACACACACACACACACAACAAAUAUGUGCAGAUAUAAAUGCAUGCACGUACGGGUACACAUGCAUGCCACUGUCACAAACACCCCUAAUUUGCAUAUAUCUGUCUGGUGGAGUCUGUCUGUCAUUCUAGAUGAACUGUCUCUGUUGUGUGAGAACUGUAAUGGGCAGCGCUAGCACUAAACUGUAUCACUAGACUGUAUCACACUAAACUGUAUCACAAGACUAUAUCACUAGACUAUAUCACUAGACUGUAUCUCUAGACUGUAUCGCACUAGACUGUAUCACUAGACUGUAUCACACUAAACUGUAUCACUAGACUGUAUCACUAGACUGUAUCACUAGACUGUUUCACUAGACUGUAUCAAACUAGACUGUAUCACAAUAGACUGUAUCACUAGACUGUUUCACUAGACUGUAUCACUAGACUGUAUCACACUAGACUAUAUCGCUAGACUGUAUCACUAGACUGUAUCACUAGACUGUUUCACUAGACUGUAUCAAACUAGACUGUAUCACAAUAGACUGUAUCACUAGACUGUAUCACUAGACUGUAUCACUAGACUGUAUCACACUAGACUGUAUCACUAGACUGUAUCACUAGACUGUAUCACUAGACUGUAUCACACUAGACUGUAUCACUAGGACUGUAUCACUAGGACUAUAUCGCUAGACUGUAUCACUAGACUGUAUCACUAGACUGUAUCACACUAGACUGUAUCACUAGACUGUAUCACUAGACUGUAUCACUAGACUGUUUCACUAGACUGUAUCAAACUAGACUGUAUCACUAGACUAUAUGGCUAGACUAUAUCACUAGACUAUAUCACUAGACUGUAUCACUAGACUGUUUCACUAGACUAUAUGGCUAGACUAUAUCACUAGACUGUAUCACUAGACUGUAUCACUAGACUGUAUCACUAGACUAUAUCACUAGACUGUAUCACUAGACUGUAUCACUAGACUGUUUCACUAGACUGUAUCAAAACUAGACUGUAUCACUAGACUGAUCACUAGGACAUAUGGCUAUGACUAUAUCACUAGACUGUAUCACUAGAUGUUCACUAGACUUAUCAUAGACUGUAUCACUAGACUGUAUCACUAGACUGUUUCACUAGACUAUAUGCUAGACUAUAUCACUAGAGUAUCACUAGACGUGUAUCACUAGACUUAUCACUAGCCUAUAUCACUAGACUGUAUCACUAGAUGUAUCACUAUCGGACUAUAUCACUAGACGUAUCAAACUAGACUGUACACUAGACUGUAUCACUAGACUAUAUGGACUAGACAAUAUCACUAGACUGUACACUAGACUUAUCACUAGACUGUAUCACUAGACUAAUCCACUAGACUGUAUCACUAGGACAUAUUACUAGACUUAAAUCACUAGACGUAUCACUAACUGUUUCACUAACUGUAUCACACUAGACUGUAUCACUGACUGGUAUCACCUAGACUGUAUCAACUAGACUGAUCACUAGACUGUAUCACUAGACUUAGACUAAACCUGUUAUCACUAGACUGUAUCACUAGACUGUAUCACACUAACUGUAUCACUAGACUGUAUCACAGACUGAUACACUAGACUGUAUCACUAGACUGUAUCCACUAAACUGUAUCACUAGACUGUAUCACUAGACUGUAUCACUAGACUGUAUUCACUAGAACUGUAUCACACUAGAACUGUAUCACUAGACUAUAUUCACUAGACUGUUCACUAGACCGUGACUAGACUGUUUCACUAGACUGUAUCACUAGACUGUUUCAUUAGACUGUAUCACACUAGACUGUAUCACUAGACUAUAUCACUAGACUGUAUCACUAGACUGUAUCACUAGACUAUAUCACUAGACUAUAUCACUAGACUGUAUCACUAGACUAUAUCACUAGACUGUUUCACUAGACUGUAAGACACUAGACUGUUUCACUAGACUGUAUCACUAGACUAUAUUACUAGACUGUAUCACUAGACUGUAUCACACUAGACUGUAUCACUAGACUGUAUCACUAGACUGUAUCACACUAGACUGUAUCACUAGACUAUAUCACUAGACUGUAUCACUAGACUAUAUCACUAGACUGUAUCACUAGACUGUUUCACUAGACUGUAUCACUAGAUAGUAUCACUAGACUGUAUCACUAGACUGUUUCACUAGACUGUAUCACUAGACUGUAUCACACUAGACUGUAUCACACUGGACUGUAUCACACUAGACUGUUUCACUAGACUGUUUCACACUAGACUGUAUCACUAGACUGUAUCACUAGACUGUAUCACUAGACUGUAUCACUAGACUGUAUCUCUAGACUGUAUCACACUAGACUGUAUCACUAGACUGUAUCACUAGACUAUAUCGCUAGACUAUAUCACUAGACUGUUUCACUAGACUGUUUCACUAGACUGUUUCACUAGACUGUUUCACACUAGACUAUUUCACUAGACUGUAUCACUAGACUGUAUCACUAGACUGUAUCACUAGACUAUAUCACUAGACUGUAUCACUAGACUGUAUCACUAGACUGUAUCACACUAGACUAUAUCACUAGACUGUAUCACUAGACUGUAUCACUAGACUGUAUCACUAGACUGUAUCACACUAGACUGUUUCACUAGACUGUAUCACUAGACUGUAUCAUACUAGACUAUAUCACUAGAAUGUAUCACUAGACUGUAUCACUAGACUGUAUCACUAGACUGUAUCACUAGACUGUAUCACACUAGACUGUUUCACUAGACUGUAUCACUAGACUGUUUCACUAGACUAUAUCACUAGACUGUUUCACUAGACUGUAUCACUAGACUGUAUCACUAGACUGUAUCACUAGACUGUUUCACUAGACUGUAUCACUAGACUGUAUCACUAGACUGUAUCACACUAGACUGUAUCACUAGACUGUAUCACUAGACUGUAUCACUAGACUGUAUCACACUAGACUGUAUCACUAGACUGUUUCACUAGACUGUAUCACUAGACUGUAUCACUAGACUGUAUCACACUAGACUGUAUCACUAGACUGUAUCACUAGACUGUAUCACUAGACUGUAUCACACUAGACUGUAUCACUAGACUGUUUCACACUAGACUAUUUCACUAGACUGUAUCACUAGACUGUAUCACUAGACUGUAUCACUAGACUAUAUCACUAGACUGUAUCACACUAGACUGUAUCACUAGACUGUAUCACUAGACUAUAUCACUAGACUGUAUCACACUAGACUGUAUCACUAGACUGUAUCACCAGACUGUUUCACACUAGACUGUAUCACUAGACUAUAUCACUAGACUGUAUCACACUAGACUGUAUCACUAGACUGUAUCACUAGACUGUAUCACCAGACUGUAUCACACUAGACUGUAUCACUAGACUGUUUCACUAGACUGUAUCACUAGACUGUAUCACUAGACUGUAUCACACUAGACUGUAUCACUAGACUGUUUCACACUAGACUAUUUCACUAGACUGUAUCACUAGACUGUAUCACACUAGACUGUAUCACUAGACUGUAUCACACUAGACUGUAUCACUAGACUAUAUCACUAGACUAAAUCACUAGACUGUAUCACUAGACUGUUUCACUAGACUGUAUCACUAGACUGUUUCACUAGACUGUGUCACUAGACUGUUUCACUAGACUGUAUCACACUAGACCGUAUCACACUAGACUGUAUCACUAGACUGUAUCACUAGAUUGUAUCACACUAGACUGUAUCACUAGACUGUAUCACACUAGACUGUAUCACUAGACUGUAUCACCAGACUGUUUCACACUAGACUGUAUCACUAGACUAUAUCACUAGACUGUAUCACUAGACUGUAUCACUAGACUGUAUCACUGGACUGUAUCACUAGACUGUAUCACACUAGACUAUAUCACUAGACUGUAUCACUAGACUGUAUCACUAGAUUGUAUCACUAGACUGUAUCACCAGACUGUUUCACACUAGACUGUAUCACUAGACUGUAUCACUAGACUGUAUCACUAGACUGUAUCACUAGACUGUAUCACUAGACUGUAUCACUAGACUAUAUCACUAGACUGUAUCACACUAGACUAUAUCACUAGACUGUAUCACUAGACUGUAUCACCAGACUGUUUCACACUAGACUGUUUCACUAGACUGUAUCACUAGACUGUAUCACUAGACUGUAUCACUAGACUGUAUCACUAGACUGUAUCACUAGACUAUAUCACUAGACUGUAUCACUAGACUGUAUCACUAGACUGUAUCACACUAGACUGUAUCACUAGACUGUAUCACUAGACUGUAUCACUAGACUGUAUCACACUAGACUGUAUCACUAGACUGUAUCACUAGACUGUAUCACUAGACUGUAUCACUAGACUGUAUCACUAGACUGUAUCACUAGACUGUAUCACUAGACUGUAUCACACUAGACUGUUUCACUAGACUGUAUCACUAGACUGUAUCACUAGACUAUAUCACUAGACUAUAUCACUAGACUGUAUCACUAGACUGUAUCACUAGACUAUAUCACUAGACUGUAUCACUAGACUGUAUCACUAGACGGUAUCACUAGACUAUAUCAGUAGACUGUAUCACUAGAUUGUAUCACUAGACUGUAUCACUAGACUGCUUCACUAGACUGUAUCACUAGACUGUUUCACUAGACUGUAUCACUAGACUGUUUCACUAGACUGUAUCACUAGACUAUAUCACUAGACUGUAUCACUAGACUGUUUCACUAGACGGUAUCACUAGACUGUAUCACUAGACUGUUUCACUAGACUGUAUCACACUAGACUGUAUCACUAGACUUUUUCACUAGACUUUUUCACUAGACUCAUCUAACAAUGGGAUUCAGCUAGGGGGGAAAUAGGAAUUUACACAAAUCCAAUCCCUCCCGCCAGUCCUCCCUCCAGUCCUCCCUCCCCUCCCUAAUGCAUUUUUUCCUCCCUCCCUCCCUCCCUCCCUCCCUCCCUCCCUCCCUUCUUUCUUUCUUUCUUUCUUUCUUUCUUUCUUUCUUUGUUUCUUUGUUUCUGAGGAGAGGGGGAGGAGGAGGAGGAUAGGGGGAGGAGGAGGAGGAGGAGGAGAUAUUGAAGAGAUGAUUGGUUGAACGGCUGGUACAGCUGGAAAUAAAAUGAGCAUCUGGGAGCAAGUGUCAUCAUAAUCGCUACUGUUAGUUGCCCGUAGGCACAGAUCUAGGAUCAACUCACCUUCCCCAUUAUUUACAUUUACAUUUUGUAUUUUUCCCCCCAAUUUCGAUCUUGUCUCAUCACUGAAACUCCCCAACGUGCUCGGGAGAGGCGAAGGUGGAGUCAUGCGUCCUCCGAAACAUGAUACGCCUAACCGCGCUCCUUAACACCCCUAGCUUAACCCAGAAGCCAGCCCACCAAUGUGUCAGAGGAAACACCAUUCAACUGGAGACCGGGGUCAGCCUGCAGGCACCUGGCCCACCAAAAGGAGUCCCUAGAGCGCGAUGAGCCAAGUAAAGCCUCCCCUAACCCGGAUGACACCAGGCCAAUUGUGCGCCGGCCUAUGGGUUGUGGCACAGCCCGGGAAUGAACCCGGGUCUGUAGUAACGCCUUUAACACUGCGAUGCAGUGUCUUAGACCGCUGCACCACUCGGGAGGCCACCUUCCCCAUUUCUUAAACCUCUACCAUUAGUUUAGAAAGCACAAAACUGAUCCUAGAUCAGUGUCUAAUGAGACCUCACCCAACUAGGAGAGGAACACAGCACUUAUCCCAUAUCAGUGUCUAGGGUUAACUCACCAGAUUUUAAAGUGAUCUCCACCAACAGGUGGAUCUAAUGUGCUGUAACCGCUAACAUUAGCUAGCAUGCUAACGUCCAUCUCCAUUUACCUCUACAGGUUGACUCUGAUGACGACCGUGUGGGAGAUAAGUGUGACAGCAACCAGGACAUCGAUGAAGACGGCCACCAGAACAACCUGGACAACUGCCCCUACAUCCCCAACGCUAACCAGGCUGACCAUGACAAAGACGGAAAGGGAGAUGCCUGCGACCACGAUGAUGAUAAUGACGGGAUCCCAGAUGAGAAAGACAACUGCAGACUGGCCUUCAACCCUGACCAGCUCGACUCCGAUGGUAAGUGGAUCUAGAAGAGAUUAAAUCUUAAGUGAAAUAUAGACUGAAAUCUUAGGCAUAAUCUUCAGAGUUUAGCACCCUAUUCAACUGAUCAGUGGUUUUAACAAUUAGGUGGUUACUUGAAUCAGUUUGGUUAGUGCUUGCCUAUAACAAAAAACUUUGCAUCAUGUAGCUCUUCAAGACCAGGGUUGAUGACCAUGGACUUGCAUGAUAUCAGUGUUAAUCUUCUUACUGCUAAGACAUGUCAUUUAUCAAGUCUUCUAUCUCUUCCAGGUGAUGGUCGUGGAGACGCUUGCAAAGACGACUUUGACCAAGACAACGUGCCUGACAUCUACGACGUGUGUCCGGAGAACUUUGACAUCAGCGAGACGGACUUCAGGAAGUUCCAGAUGGUUCCCCUGGACCCCAAGGGAACAUCCCAGAUCGACCCCAACUGGGUGGUCAGACAUCAGGGCAAAGAGCUGGUCCAGACCGUGAACUGUGACCCUGGCAUUGCUGUUGGUGAGUGGAUUGGUUGGUUGGUUGGUUGGGUGGGUGGGUGAGUGGAUUGAUUGGUUAGUUGGCUGAUUGGUGGGUGGGUGGAUGGCUUGAUUGAUUGAACAAUGUUAUGCUUUGGGACAUCUCAAAAUGACCCAACCCUAACUAAAAAUACCAUCCUCUCACUGACAUCUUCUCGUUUCCCAUUCCCAGGUUUUGAUGAGUUCAACUCUGUGGACUUCAGUGGUACCUUCUUCAUCAACACGGAGAGAGACGACGACUACGCCGGCUUUGUGUUCGGCUACCAGUCCAGCUCCAGGUUCUACGUGGUGAUGUGGAAGCAGAUCACACAGACCUACUGGAACAACAAACCCACCAAGGCUCAGGGAUACUCAGGACUGUCCAUCAAGGUGGUCAACUCUACUACCGGACCUGGAGAGCACCUCAGGAACGCUCUCUGGCACACGGGCAACACCUCAGGACAGGUAAAGAAUGACUCCUAUCGUCCUGAACAUAUAUAUAUAUACACACACGUGUGCAAAGACACCCACACACACAGGGAAAACCUUAGGGAGGGCGACUAUGCAGUCUAACACUAACCCUAUGUGUCUCCUUUCUUCUGUAGGUGAAGACUCUUUGGCAUGAUCCUAAGAACGUUGGCUGGAAAGACUUCACAGCCUACAGAUGGCACCUGAUCCACAGACCAAGAACAGGACACAUCAGGUAAACACUGAAGCCUUGGCCUGGUGGAGAUUUAUGAGAUUGAGAACGUCUACACAAACCCCAUGACUUACUGGACUUAAAACCUUUUACUCCUUGGAGAGCGUUGGUCAAACUUUCAUGUAGACUUUCCACAAUGGCUGUGUUUGUAUCGUAACGUAGAUUAUCUCACAUAUCUUACUAUUGCAUCUUUGUUUCAGAGUGGUCAUGUACGAGGGGAAGAAGAUCAUGGCCGAUUCUGGGAGCAUAUACGACAAGACGUACGCAGGCGGAAGACUAGGUCUCUUCGUCUUCUCGCAAGAGAUGGUAUACUUCUCAGACCUCAAGUACGAAUGCAGAGGUAAGGAACAUGGAACGUUCUAUGUCUCACUAUAA